AUGGCCAACAACAGUGCCCAUCACAAUCUAUGCCAGAAGUGGGUGGAGAAUUGUAGAAGAGCCGACUUAGAAGAUAAAACACCUGACCAGCUUAAUAAGCAUUAUCGAUUAUGUGCCAAACACUUUGAGACCUCGAUGAUCUGUCGAACUAGUCCUUAUCGGACAGUUCUGCGAGAUAAUGCAAUACCAACCAUAUUUGAUCUUACCAGUCAUCUGAACAAUCCACAUAGUAGACACAGAAAACGAAUAAAAGAAUUGAGUGAAGAUGAAAUCAGGACACUGAAACAGAGAAAAAUUGACGAAACUUCUGAACAGGAACAAAAACAUAAGGAAACAAACAACAGCAAUGUCCAGAGCCUCAGUGCAGAAGAAGGGGGUGAAGAACAGGAUGAAGACAUCUUACCUUUAACCCUUGAGGAGAAGGAAAACAAAGAAUACUUAAAAUCUUUAUUUGAAAUUUUGAUCCUUAUGGGAAAACAAAACAUACCUCUGGAUGGACAUGAGGCUGAUGAAAUCCCAGAAGGACUUUUUACUCCUGAUAACUUUCAAGCUCUGCUGGAGUGCCGGAUCAACUCUGGGGAAGAGGUUCUGAGAAAACGCUUUGAGGCAACAGCGGUGAACACGCUGUUCUGUUCGAAAACCCAGCAGAAACAGAUGCUAGAGAUCUGCGAGAGCUGCAUCCGGGAAGAAACCCUUAGGGAAGUGAGAGACUCGCACUUCUUCUCCAUUAUCACCGACGACGUGGUGGACAUAGCUGGGGAAGAGCACCUGCCCGUGUUAGUGAGGUUUGUCGAUGAGUCUCAUAACCUGAGGGAAGAAUUCGUGGGCUUCCUCCCUUUCGAAGCAGAUGCAGAGAUUCUGGCUGUGAAAUUUCACACCACCAUCACAGAGAAGUGGGGACUGAACAUGGAGUACUGCCGCGGCCAGGCUUACAUCGUGUCUAGUGGGUUUUCUUCCAAGAUGAAAGUGGUUGCUUCUAGACUUUUAGAGAAAUAUCCUCAAGCCAUCUACACUCUCUGCUCUUCCUGUGCCUUAAAUAUAUGGUUGGCAAAAUCGGUACCAGUUAUGGGAGUAUCUGUUGCAUUGGGAACCAUUGAGGAACUUUGUGCUUUCUUCCAUCGAUCACCACAACUGCUUUUGGAACUUGACAAUGUAAUUUCAGUCCUGUUUCAGAACAAUGAAGCAAGGGGCAAUGAGCUCAAGGAGAUCUGCCAUUCUCAAUGGACAGGCAGGCAUGAUGCUUUUGAAAUUUUAGUGGACCUUCUACAAGCACUUGUUUUAUGCUUAGAUGGCAUAAAUAAUGACACACAUGUCAGAUGGAAUAACUGUGUAGCUGGCCGAGCAUUUGUACUCUGUAGUGCAGUAACAGACUUUGAUUUUAUUGUUACCAUUGUUGUUCUUAAAAAUGUCUUAUCUUUCACCAGAGCCUUUGGGAAAAACCUCCAGGGGCAAACCUCCGAUGUCUUCUUUGCAGCCAGCAGCCUGACUGCUGUGCUGCAUUCACUGAAUGAAGUGAUGGAAAAUAUUGAAGUUUAUCAUGAAUUUUGGUUUGAAGAAGCCACAAAUUUGGCAACCAAGCUUGAUAUUCAAAUGAAACUCCCUGGGAAAUUCCGCAGAGCUCAGCAAGUUAACCUGGAUUCUCAGCUCACCUCUGAAAGUUACUAUAAAGAAACACUCAGUGUCCCAGCUGUAGAACACAUAAUUCAGGAACUGAAAGAUAUCUUCUCAGAACAGCACCUCAAAGCUCUUAAAUGCUUAUCUCUGGUCCCCUCUGUCAUGGGACAGCUCAAAUUCAAUACGUCGGAGGAACACCAUGCUGACAUGUACAGAAGUGACUUGCCCAACCCUGACACGCUGUCAGCAGAGCUUCAUUGUUGGAGAAUUAAGUGGAAACACAGAGGUAAAGAUAUAGAGCUUCCAUCCACCAUCUAUGAAGCCCUCCAUCUGCCUGACAUCAAGUUCUUUCCUAAUGUUUAUGCUUUGCUGAAGGUCCUGUGCAUCCUUCCUGUGAUGAAGGUUGAGAGUGAGCGCUAUGAAAAUGGGCGAAAGCGUCUCAAAGCUUACCUGAGGAACACUUUGACAGACCAGAGGUCAAGUAACUUGGCUCUGCUUAACAUAAAUUUUGAUAUAAAACACGAUCUGGAUUUAAUGGUAGACACAUAUAUCAAACUCUAUACAACUAAAUCCGAGCUUCCUACAAGUAACUCAGAAACUAUUGAAAAUACCUAAGGGACUAUUUAAGCUAGUUGUUUUUUUUUUCCCUUAUGUUUGCCCUUUGGAGGAAAAGCUGUAUGCUGUGGACAGGCCAUGCUUAGUCACUGAUUAUAAGUGAUUUGCCUGUAAGCCUCUGAUCGAAUACAUUAACCAUUGAUAAUCUGCCUAUUUAAAAUAGCCCCUCUUUGAAGAUCUGUUCUUCCAGAAGAUAGCAUGAAAGUGGCCCGGUAUGUUUCUUGUGAUCUCUUGUGGCCCUCUGCAAUUGUUUUAAUGAAGUCACUUUAGACGGAACAUUUCUUAUCACUGGAUCCAAUGAUCAGGUAUUAAGUUACAGUGCUUUCAAGAAAUAAACUUUGAGGAGGAGGUGCUGGAGGGGUAGGGAAUGCAUUUUAGCAUAUGUAACAAUGAAUCUCAAGACUAAUGUUUGACUUAGUGGGAGUUAAUGUUAAAAACCUGUAAUGGAUGAUUGGAGGAAUUUCCAGAGUGAGACAAACUGAGCUCCCAGACAAGAAUCUCAGUGUAGAUUUUAUCUUUAUCAAAUGAACCUAAAGGAACAAGUCACAGUUGAAGUUCGAAUGGAAGAGCUUGCCUUUGUUCCACAUCUGGUUGCUGCUGUGGACAUUCCUUUGCUGAGCCGACACCGUCAUCAACUUUUGAGCUGGUAUCUGCUGAACACACCGUCUCAUGGUCAACCCAGAAUCAGAGGCCAUGGACACAGCUGAUAGUCUCUUUUUUCCUUUGCCUUUUCCAUGUCUAGAUCCACUGCCUCAUCCUGAUUUAUAAGGAAAAGCUGGGAAAACCUACAAGAUCAAAUGCUUUGUGGUUUAUUUAGAAAUAUUACUGGUAUUUUUGGUGAAGAAAAUCAAUUUUGUAUAGUUUAUUUCAAUCUAAAUAAAAUGUGAAUUUUGUUUAUA